AUGUGGGAUGGUGAGGAUGGGGCUACGAGGAGUGAGAAUGAAGGUAAGGACAGUUCUGGUGAAUUUGAUAACAACACACCUGUGUUGUUUUAUACUAUGAAAUUUGGAAGUCAUUUCGUUUCUGAAAACCAAGAUGUUAGUAUAAAGUUCUCAACUUCUUCUUCUUCAACUAAGUCAUGUGUUAACGAAACUGUUUGGAAAGCUGGUGAUUACACGCUAGGGCCGGUGAAUCCACCACCUAGGUUUGUUAUAACUGGUGGUACCUUAGGAAUUCCAGGGCCUAAUACCUUAAAGAACUGGUUCAAAAUUGAGAAAGAUGAGACGGGGAGACCUCAUUCUUACAAGUUAAGGUAUUGUCCUAGUCAAUUUAUGUGUCCAACAUGCCAUUUUGAUUGUGCAGAUGUCGGAUUGUACCAAAAUAAGGGAUACGCCCGUCUGGCUCUCAAUAACAAGCCUUAUCCAUUUGGCUUCACCAAAGUAAACAAGAAUGAUGCAUAG